AUGACAAAGAGAGCCUGCUCCGAUCGCCGGCCGUAUGAUACCCGGCCAGUGUCGCUUAUACGAUCAGGCCAGGUCCAGAGCCAAGAUGCUCUAGACAACCUCUCUCGGUAUGAAGAAGUCAGUCGUCAGUUUGCACAAGAGUUCCCGCAAAUAGCUCGGAGCAUUGAGCAACACUCCUGGAUACCAUGUUUUCUCUCACCGAAUACAGGACGACAAGAAAGCAGGGCGACUGCCCCAGCAGAUGGCGCAAUGGCUGCGGAUUCCAUAGCUAGUCCCAUCGGUGGGCUGGCUUACGAUUCCCAGUUUGCAACUACAGCAGGCUACGAUAUUUCGAUGUACAUUGACGACAAUUGCUUUGACGCCCUGCCUUUUGCAACGACCACAGCGACAACCUCGCCGACUGAGCAGUCGAGCGAUCCCGACUCUUUUACUCCUCCCGGCUCUGAUGCCGAUUUCGACCCGACAUGCAAUCUCCAAACAUCAGCUUCACAGCCUCUCUGGUAUGAUGAACUCGAAGAAUCGAGAUACAACCACCCGCUGCAGAAUUGGAAUGCGGAGCAGACAGAGAAGCAGUGGGAUGGGCCAAACCAAACAAUUUCCGAAUCUCUCAUCGCGCCGCCGGUCGAGCACACAAGGUCGAGUGAUUUGGACGACGAAGCUCUAGCUGAAGCCUCCCAGGUAGAUCAAGAUAGGAUCAAUCAGAUUAUGAUUAAUUUGAAUCAGCUGGAGAGUCGGUUGCGCGAGGAUGUGAGGCGGCAGCUGGAUGUUAUCAGUAAUGAUUUGUGUUGCGAAGCCUGA